CUCCCUUCCUGCCCGCGCAUGCGCAGUGCUCGGACCGGGCCCUGAGGCGGCGGCGGCUGCUAUUCCUCGCUCCUUUCUCCUCUUCCUCCAUUUCCUCGCCUUUCUCCUUCCCUUCCUUCCUGAGCAGAGCGGGCCUCCGUUGAAGGAGAAGCCCCAGAAAGAGAGGAGAGGAGAGGAGGAGGAGCGCCGCCUCCGUCGCUGCCUCUGCCUCCGCCCCACCCUUCCUCCGCCUCCAUCUUCUUUCGGGGCCCCCUCCUCCUCCUCCUCCUCCGCCGCCGCCUUCGCCUCCUCCUUUCUCCGCUCCGAGGCUCAGGAAACGGUGAAUGGGAGCGGCCUCUAAGCAGCAGCAGCGCCGCCGAUGGAAUGAAUCCUUGUUGAAUGCAUCUAGUCUUCUUCUUGAGAGUUUACUUGUGGAGAAGAGUUGUCCUUUGGUUGGAGCCACUUGGUGGCAAACCAAAUUGUGGAUCUCAGAGUCUCAGGGCUGCUUGACAAAGAGACAGCAGAGCGACGUUAACCUAACAUCACAGCCGCCAUGGUGCUGUCACAGAGGCAACGAGAUGAGCUAAAUCGAGCGAUAGCAGAUUAUCUUCGUUCUAAUGGCUACGAAGAGGCAUACUCUGUUUUUAAAAAGGAAGCAGAGCUUGAUGUGAAUGAAGAGUUAGAUAAAAAGUAUGCUGGACUCUUGGAAAAAAAAUGGACAUCAGUUAUAAGAUUACAGAAGAAGGUUAUGGAAUUAGAAUCCAAACUAAAUGAAGCCAAGGAAGAAUUUACAUCAGGUGGGCCUCUUGGCCAGAAGCGAGACCCUAAAGAGUGGAUCCCUCGUCCUCCAGAAAAGUAUGCAUUGAGUGGGCACCGGAGUCCUGUCACAAGAGUAAUUUUCCAUCCAGUUUUCAGUGUUAUGGUCUCUGCUUCAGAGGAUGCCACAAUAAAGGUAUGGGAUUAUGAGACAGGUGAUUUUGAACGAACCCUGAAGGGCCACACAGACUCUGUGCAGGAUAUUUCCUUCGAUCACAGUGGCAAGCUGUUGGCCUCCUGCUCUGCGGAUAUGACCAUUAAACUAUGGGAUUUCCAAGGCUUCGAGUGUAUCAGAACCAUGCAUGGUCAUGAUCAUAAUGUUUCUUCUGUAGCCAUCAUGCCCAAUGGGGAUCAUAUAGCCUCCGCUUCAAGGGAUAAAACCAUCAAAAUGUGGGAAGUUCAAACAGGCUACUGUGUGAAGACUUUCUCGGGGCAUAGAGAAUGGGUCCGCAUGGUACGGCCUAACCAGGAUGGCACACUGAUUGCCAGCUGUUCCAAUGACCAGACGGUGCGUGUCUGGGUGGUAGCAACAAAGGAAUGCAAAGCUGAACUUAGAGAACAUGAGCAUGUGGUAGAGUGUAUCUCCUGGGCUCCUGAAAGCUCCUAUUCCACCAUAUCGGAAGCUACGGGAUCUGAGACUAAGAAGAGUGGCAAGCCCGGGCCUUUCCUGCUUUCUGGAUCUAGAGACAAGACCAUUAAGAUGUGGGACAUUAGUACUGGCAUGUGCCUUAUGACUCUUGUGGGCCAUGAUAACUGGGUACGUGGUGUCCUCUUCCAUUCUGGAGGGAAAUUUAUUUUGAGCUGUGCCGAUGACAAGACCUUGCGUGUCUGGGACUACAAGAACAAAAGAUGCAUGAAGACUCUUAAUGCGCACGAACACUUUGUUACCUCGUUGGAUUUCCACAAGACAGCGCCCUACGUGGUCACUGGCAGUGUAGAUCAAACAGUAAAAGUGUGGGAGUGCCGUUGAUCGAAUUCACGUCUGACCCACCCCCUCCCUCCCCCUCUGGAUGCACUCGGAUACCAUGAUUCCCCAUUGAGCUCUGUUUAAAAUAAAUAUUGUCCUUUCAUGUAAAUUAUUCUGGAUGUAGAUUGAGCUUAUUAAAUGUUACACACAAAGUAUUCAUGCAUGGUGAAUCCAAAUUGUAUACUGUAAAUUUACAUACGUUGUCUAGAAGUACCAUAGGUUUUAAGAACAUGGGCUGGCAUUGGUCACAUCAGACCUGAGAAGGCAGAAGCUGAUUGGUUGAAUUCGGGGCACUUAAACUGGCGACAGCAAAACUGUUCUGUGCUGGAUCGAUUGAAAUGCCCGUCCUCCUCUUCUCUCGGGUGGUGCCUGUAAACUUAGCGGCUCUCAUGUGGGGUAUUUUGGGGGCGGGCGGGCGAGGGCUCUUUCCGAAACACGUAUCUCUGUAACAUCACUUAAGUGUGCUUAUGAAAUCUAAGGAUACUAGAUGAACAAGGCUGCAACUUAGAAUCUUAUGUAAUUAAUGGAUACUAAUUAAACUUUUCUGGGUUUUUUCUCCCUCUCUCUCCUCUCAUGACAUAUUUGCCAAAUCAAUAGGAUAUAUUUUUAUUUUGGCUUCCUAUCACGUCUAUUAAAAAAUAGAAGAAGAAGAAAGAAGUUAGUAUACCUGUACUAACAAGCUGCAGUAUAGGAAGAGAAACCUUGAUAUGAUGUGAUGUGUAAAUUCUUAUUAAAAUUGGUCUUUGCCAUUCUGUUGUGUUCUAACACUCGGCGCUUAACGCUUUCCAUGCAAAAUGUGUCAUCGGGAGGCUGUCAGUCUUGUUUGAAGUCGGCUCUUACCUGGGCAGUUAGACUUAAAUCUCUCCCAGUUGACUCCUGACGGUUUGGCCUUCUCCCUGUUGGCUUUGGUUGUGGCUUGUUAAGGUUUUUCAGCGUCAGUAUCGAAAGGUGUCUCUCCCCACCUCCCCUUAGUCUGAGUAUUAGAAAAUGGAGUAGGAUUUGGAUGAGGCUUUUCCAGUUAUUGAAAGCAGGGCAGGAAACCAGAGAGAAGGUCCGAGAGCGUGGGGCAGGCGUCUCCGAAUGUGUCGUGUUCACAGCUUGUGAUAUUCAAGAAAGUAGGGAGGGGUGUAGGGAGGAAACUGGAAGGCUCUUAAUGCUACCAGAAAGUUGGCAACCUUCUUGGUGUAAGUUGGCAAGCCUUUAGGGAACUUGACCAUCCCAUUUUGUGUGCUGAAACUCAUCAGCUUGCUGUUGUGUCCAUGCUCAGCGUGGAAACUUUACCCCACUAUUGGAAAAGCCCUAAAACACAUGUGGGUUUUCUGAAAGAGGAUACAUUUAAGCAUUUUUGGACAAAAUUCCCAAUGGGUCACGUAUUCCGGUUCUUCAUUAAUCUAAAAAUCCAUGUAAAAGUGUACGGAGCAGCCGGCUGGAUAUAUUUUAACAAACAAAUGCAAUUUGUUUUAUUUACUCUGUGAAUUUUUAAUGACUCUCCCUCUCUUUUUUGAAACAAAAAGAAAUAUAGCUAGAAACAACCCCUAAACCCUCCUUUCAGUGCACCUCAAGAGAAAGCAUAAUAGCAGACUUUGGUUCACCCACAAGGAAGAGCAUUUUAUGUCUUUGGUGUCUUGUGCAAACCAAAAGGCGGCUAAUGACAGAGGCAAGGAAUAGGCUGAGUUCUGGAGAGUCUAGUAUUUCCCCCCGUUUUGAUGGUCAGUUUAAAAAAUCCACAUUUAAAGUCUUAUCCUAGUGUUUAAGCUGUUCUUUCAAAAAAUGUAAAACCUCAUUGCUCUUCUUGCCUUUUGAGAAUUUCUUAAUCUGUAGUGAUGCAGCUGUAACAAGGCUUGCUAACCAUUAUUAAAGUUGAAAAGAUAGAGCAAUUCAGGUUAAGGAUUAAAGUUUAUGUAUUUCCACAAUCAGUGAAACAAAGGUACCUUCUUAACAUGGGAGUUUGACCACUGGUUUUUUCUUUUUUCCUUUUUCAAACCUCAGCCAAGUGAUUCGGGACAAAAAAAAAAGGAAGGAAAAGCCCUUUUUCUAGUCUCCAAUUAGUUUGCAAGAAGGAAAGCCCCCUUGCUUUGAAUGACUCCAAAUUUGUAUAAUACAAAUUCAUUUAGUAUGAUCAAACCCAGAAAAUUCUCAGGGAAGGUUGUGGACUGGAUCAGCAUUUCUAACCCUGGUUUUUAAAAUGAAAGAAAAAGCAGACAAGGGAGGUGGCGUGAUUUGGAGUUGGAGCGUGCCUUUUUGCAUUUGUCUCUCUGGCUGUCUCUUCCUAUGCCUUUUUUCCUUUUCUGUGAAGAGUCUUUUGAGUGCUGAGGUUUAACUGGUCUGGAUUGUAAGAGGCUUUUGGAGUUUAGGGGUUCACUGCAUGCAGGAAUAGGCAGGGUCAUUGCCAAACAGACCGGCCCCAUGUCCAUUCUCUCUAAAUAAUGUUGCAAACAGAUUCUCUCUCUCUGAAGCACACACACAUACACACCUUCUCUUUCCCCUUUUCUUCACGCACACACACACACACACACACACACAUUCCAGCAUUGCAUGGAUCGAGAUAUUCCCGCGAAACGUUCUAGGUGCAUCCUUCUUUCUCCCUCCUUUCUCUCUCUUUUACUUUUGUGUGUGGUUUUGACACAACCCGAAAGCCGACAUGUCUCAGAACGUCUUGCACUUUACCAUUUUUUGUUGAAAAGCCGUCCUGCUUUUGUGUGUGUGGUGUGACCAAUGGUGUGCCCAGAGCACUAAUAAUAAUAAUAAUAAUUAAAAAAGCAAAAUUUACAAAAAAAUAAAUAAAAAAUAAACACAGAAUACUAGUUGCUAGCAAAGUUGUCAAGAGCAGUGGAGCACUGUAGUAUUUUGAAAGCUUUGGCCGUCGCCUCACCAAGCCCUGCCCCGCUCCAACUCCAGGUCGGUUCCCUUGGUACCUGGAUGCUGCUUCUCCUCUUUACCUCUUUUUAAUGCAAACCGUCUCUUAAACCAUUCUUAAGUAGCUUUCUCUCCUUUCCCCACCUUGCCUCACUCCCUUAACUUCGGGAUCCCAGCCCUUGAAAGCUAUUUAAAAAGGUAAAUUUCGGGGCGGGUUUCAGAUGCAGUAGUGGCUUUAUAAUCCCGAGAUGGAUGUUUUGAGUAUCUGAACGAAGGGGGGGAAACGGUUCUCAAUUCCACAUGGAGUCCAGUUUGUUUGUUUUUUAAAUACCCAGGGUACUUAGCUAAUGCAAAACCUCUCCAUUAGUGGCAGAAAUUGUAUGUAUAAAAUAGGCAAAACCAGUAUGGGAGAGAAAACUUGGGAUGGGGGAAACUGGGUUGGCAAGUCACGACUGGAUGUUAACUGGCCUUUUUUGAUUCUCUUUCCACUGUGUCCCUGUAAGUAACCGCUUUCUCGUCCUGCGCAUAUCCUUCCAAGCUUUCCAAAUUUCGUUCUGAAGAGAAUUAGCAAAAAAAAAAAAAAAAAAAACAAAAACAAAACACUUUCCACGUUUUUUAGAAGUUUGAUCCUGACACUGACAUGAAGACGAGCGUCUUUAUUAUUAUCAUUUCUUUUCUCAUGAGAAAACAAGAUAGAGAUUGCCGUUGGAGAAAGUUUCUUUCCUCACCCCCCUCCAGACUGUAGGAGUUAACUGAAAGAUAUUGACACAAUUAAAAAUUUAAAACAAAAAGAAAAAAAAUCAGUAAAGGAAUGUAUAUAAUACUGCUCUGUGUUUUACAGUAAGAUUUGUUGCUCUCAGACUGUGUAAAACAAAAAUUUAUUCAUGUUUUCUGCAUAUUAAAACAAAAAAAUCUUAUUGUACCAAUUGGUAAACUAUUAAAUGCAUAUAAAGCUAAA